UCGUCAUAGUUACGAAAUAUUUGAAGGAAUUUAGAAAAAUUGAAGAUUGACACGGACCUAGCGUUUUUUGUCUCGAAAAAAUUGAAUAUUACAAAAAUAAAUGAUGCUUGGUGAUGAAGAAAUAAAAGAAAGUAGCCUCAUGAGACCCGGCGACGAGAUUAUAAGCAUCCAUGAAGUUUGUUUAACUGAUAAAUUUUAUAAAAAAGAUUUGGGAUUUGGGAAUGAAGCACUUUUUACCACUUCUUCUAAGAACGAAUUGGAGGUACCUCGUUUCCUUCGCGAUGGCUUCUAUCCUGAGGGUUCAGAGCAGCAGGCAAGGUUCGCAUGGACGGAGGAAGAUGGGAACAUCGCUGCUCUCGUCUCCGAGCCGGGAUUCGGGACUACAGGACAGACGACAUUCGGCAAAGAUCUGGAUGUGCAGUUGAAGACUGAUAUGAAGAAAAGUACGAGCUCUGUGUUCGAGUCGUCAUUGAGUAAGAAAGUACAUGCAGAGUCAUCAAUAGUUUCCUCUACUUCUACGUCGAAUACAGGAAAAUACAACCAGACCGCGUGUAAGAUAGACAAGGCGGACCCUCGCUCCAGGUAUCAUUACGUGAAAUAUGUGAAGAGACACGGACGGACUGUCAAGCUGUGGGAGUGUGGGAUAUGCAGCCGCGACUUCCAGCACCAGUACACGUUGAUGCGCCACUUGCCGACGCACACGGACGAGCGCAACUUCCACUGCGCCGCGUGCGGCAAGAGCUUCCGCCAGCUCUCCACGCUCAGCCAGCACCGCGCCAUCCACUCCGCCGACAGGCCGUACGCUUGCGAGGUGUGCAAUAAGACUUUCAACCGCGUGUCGACGUUGAUCUCCCAUCGCAAGACACAUUCCGACGAGAAGCCCUACAAGUGUCACAUCUGUCCCAAAGGAUUCCAUCAGAAAGGAAAUCUACGCAACCAUCUGUUCACGCAUACCAACGAGAGACCGUAUAGAUGCAAUAUUUGCUUCAAAGGAUUCAACCAGCAGUCGAACCUCGUGUGUCACAAGAAUAAGGCGCAUCCAGACGACACGAGCAGCGCCGCCAGCCCCGACGUGCGCCCGCAGAGACCCGCCGCCGACACGCAGCCUGACUCUACCAGACAAACGAACGAGCAUUGCGAAGUUACCUCAACUGUAGGUCCCUUUUUACCAGCAGUGGAAACUCCGUCUUCCACUUGGAACCCCAAAGAUAACUUCUGGUCGGUACCCAAGUAUUUCCCGGACCCGAUAGACGCGUGGUGCUACACCAACCCCAUGACUUGGAACGGAGGAGGCGUGAUUGUGGAUCAGAUCAAGACUUACCACAUGGGAGUUGCUUUGGCCACCAGACAGACACCCUUCGCACUCCUCAAACCUGAGAAAGGUGCUCCUGUUCUUGUUAAAGUCGUUGAUACAAAACUUCCUGGAGGGAAACAGAUGUUGGUGCCGGCGACCGCUGCAGACUUGAGAGACGGCGGCAAGAUUAUUGUGAAGAAUGAGGACAAUUGCAGUACUCAGGUGAAGUAUAAAAGUAUUAGUGGCGGUGCGGGCGCGGUGCAGAUCCGCGUGCCGGUGGUGGCGACGGUGGUGCCGCGGCUGCAGGCGGGCGGGCGGCUGCAGCUCUGCGUGGAGGAGCCGCACCACGCGUACCACACCGCGCUCUCCACACACGCUGGUGAAAUCAACGUGGGUCCCUGCGUCAGUCAUAGAACUGGACCCGAGAGUCCCAAAGUGCAGCGAACUGAUGACACUUCUGACAGAUUUGAUGAUCCCAUGAUACGAUCAGGCGGCUGCAGGUCGGUGUGCGCGCUGCCGCCGCCCGCGCCCUCGCCGCCGCUGGACCUCAUACCGAUGGACUUGUUUGAACCCAUCGAGUGUCUGCCCAUGGGGCCUCAGAUCACAGCCGUGGACAACGUGCACCAGCCGCCGGGUUCUGACGACUCUGACAUAUUCAUUGGUAGCUUUGAGGAAAGCAUUCCACUCUCUGAUUCCGAUUAAAGCAAACCAUACCAAGCUUUUUUUCAUUGAACGCAUGACCUUGAAGUAUUCAUUUUCUUACUUAGUAUUAAGUAAAACUUUGUUAUUUGAUAAUAUACAAGGAAUUUUA